UUUACCAACCGGCCAUAACUUCAUUUCCAUUGGUGGUCUCCCUAUAACUCCACGUCCUUCCUCGUUCUUCAUUGCCUAAGACGAUUGUCAGUCACCUAGCGCCCGCCUCCUUCGUGCUGUUUGGUUGGUCCUUUCUCCUUCCCUUUCUCUCUGUGUCGCGGCGGUGGGUCGGAGCCGCUGUCCCUGGUCUGGCACGUUCCCUACUAAAAUUUACUAGAUUUAAAUUGGAUUCCCCUGCUAGAAAUUACGCAGUUCGCAACCCAUUCGAGACCCAAAAUCAGACCUAUCCCCCCACUCUCUCCACAAAAACGUUUGGUGUAUUAGACCCCACAAAUUCAGUAAAAUGGCGGUGGUGAGCGGGGUGUCCGGGCCGGCGGUAGCCCGGCUUGAGGGCCGUGAGUUCGAGUACCUGAUGAAGAAGCGCUCGGUGACCAUCGGGCGGAAUUCGUCGCAGGGCUCCGUGGACGUGAGCAUGGGCCAUUCGAGCUUCAUCUCCCGCCGACACUUGGAAAUCUUCACCGCCGGCGAAGACGGGACCGGCGGGGGAGAUUUCUACCUGCGCUGCCUCGGCAAAAACGGGGUGUUCGUGGACGGGGUGUUCCAGAGACGGGGGGCUCCUCCGCUACAGCUACCAAGAGUAUGCACCUUUAGGUUUCCCAGCACAAAUAUCAAGAUCACAUUUACAGCACUGUCCAGUGACAAGAAGGAGAAGCGAGAGGCUCCAGAGUCACCAGUAAAGCCAGUCCAGCCUCAGAUCUCACCCUUAACAAUAAACAUUCCAGACAACAUAGCGCAUCUAAUGAGCCCACUUCCUUCCCCUACAGGAACUAUCAGUGCUGCCAACUCCUGCCCAUCAAGUCCACGAGGGGCAGGGUCUUCGGGGUAUAGGGUGAGCCGUGUUAUCGCAUCUGAUCUGCAGCUUAUAGGGGACAACUCGCAGUCAGAGAAUGACAAGGAGGCAUCAGGAGGAGAUAGUCCCAAGGAUGACUCCAAGCCACCGUAUUCUUAUGCACAGUUAAUAGUACAAGCUAUUACAAUGGCCCCUGACAAGCAGCUCACACUAAAUGGAAUAUACACACAUAUCACAAAAAACUACCCUUACUACAGGACAGCAGACAAGGGCUGGCAGAACUCAAUUCGUCACAAUCUUUCUCUGAACCGCUACUUUAUUAAAGUGCCCAGAUCACAGGAAGAGCCGGGCAAAGGUUCUUUUUGGAGGAUAGAUCCUGCAUCAGAGAGCAAACUCAUAGAACAAGCAUUUAGGAAACGAAGGCCAAGGGGUGUUCCUUGCUUUCGAACUCCUUUAGGACCGCUGUCAUCUAGAAGUGCCCCAGCCUCUCCAAACCACUCUGGGGUGUUAUCAGCUCACUCCAGCGGAGUGCAGACCCCGGAGAGCCUGUCCAGGGAAGGCUCCCCUGUCCCAAUGGAGCAAGAGCCCCCAUCCGCUCCUGCCCCAGCUACUGCAGUCCAGCCCAAACUAGCAGUAAUACAGGAAGCUCGCUUUGCCCAGAGUGCACCUGGGUCACCUCUUAAUAGUCAACCAGUUUUAAUUACAGUCCAACGACAAUUACCACAGACCAUUAAACCUGUCACUUAUACAGUUGCCACUCCUGUGACGACAUCCACAUCCCAGCAGCCUGUUAUGCAGACUGUUCAUGUUGUCCACCAGAUCCCAGCCGUAUCGGUUACUAGUGUGGCUGGACUAACACCAGCUAAUACAUAUACAGUGGCGGGCCAAGCAGUGGUCACUCAGGCAGCACUAGUUAAUCAGUCAAAAGCAGAACCACAGGAGAAUGGAGAACACAAAGAAUUAAAAGUGAAAGUAGAACCUGUUCCUGCUAUUACCCAUGCUGCUAUUGGAGCUGCUAGUCGUAUUAUUCAAACAUCUCAGGCUACCCCUUUACAGACAGUUACUAUUGUGCAACAGGCUCCUCUUGGACAGCACCAGCUACCAAUAAAGACCAUAACACAGAAUGGCACUCAUGUAGUCCCCAUCACCACUGCCAUACAAGGACAAGUGAAUACAGUUGCCAGCCCACUACAUAUGUUAGCAACCCAUGCUUCUGCAUCAGCCUCUCUUCCAACGAAACGGCAGAAUGGAGACCAGGCAGAGCAACCGGAACUUAAACGUAUCAAAACGGAUGAGGGAGAGAGCAUAGUCAUUGCAGUAAAUGUGGACACUCCUGCUGUGAGUGAACAAGGCAGCCAGAACUAAAAACCUUUCAGUCACUGCCCUUUUUUUAUCGACUCGAAGGUGCCAAAAGGAGAAGAUCAACUUAAACCAUCUUUGAACUUUGGAAUGUGUUACCACCCUAUGGGUUUAAAUAUAAUAAUAAUAAAAAAAAGAAAAAUAGUAAAAGAAAAAAAACAUAGGUACCCUGUGAAAAGACUGUUAUCAGGCAGCACUGGAAGAGCACAGGAAGCCUUAAAAAACUAACUUAGGAGUAAGAAUCAAACUGAAUGGAAAAACGAGGCCCAGGUCAAGAGGCUGUAUUGUACCUCCUGCUCAACUACCUCAGUGCACACUGGGAAAUGGAGAGGUGUGGAGGACUGCAGCUAAAUAAAUGACACGUCUGAUCUCUUAAACUUUCAAAAUGGACUGAGCACAUACCAGUGUAACGGCAGCAUGACAAGCGCUUAGUGUAAACCAGAUUUUAAAACAAUAGUGUAUUCUGCAAAGGGAACAAAUGCGUGGAGCCAUUUCCUAUAUCUCGGCAGCUAGCCUUUCAUAUUGACCUACCUAAUGCAGUUGUUAGUAGAUAUGCAGUAUUUUGUUGUUCAUAUGUGGAAAAUUAGGAUCUUUUUUGGGUGUAUUUUCAUUUCUGUAGGCAAAAAGAAACAACGGGGUCACUGACAUUUCAAAUCACUCCAUCUGUACUUUGGAAUCACAAGCUGUUUUUUGUAUGUGGAAUUUUUAUGUUCAGUGAAAAUGAAUGUAGUUUCCUUUUUUAAACUAUCAAUGGAGUGGUUUACUUUUGUCUGUUCUGUCAGAUCCAAAUGAAGCUUACUUUAUUACACCUACAGAUUUUCAUAUUUUAACAGAUAACCGAAAAUAUAUAAAAUUAUUCCAUGUGUAGUGAUCAAAUGCUUUAUCAAGCUUGCAUGUAACUGAUUAAAAAAUGUAACUGAGCCGUUAACUGAAAAUGAACUGAAAAAAGAACUGCUAUGAAUUUGACCAGAGCUGCACUUGAUUAACCUGUUCCUAAUUUUAUUUUUUUCUUUUCUUUUUCCCUCUUAAUCCUCUGCUGUUUAUUUUGUGUUGGAGCUGGCAGUCCCUUGCUUGAUUAUUUUAUUCUGUUCAGGCUACAGAAAAGUUUCUCUUCAGAUUGUGUAUGUUCCAAGCAAAAAAAAUGAUAGAUGUUUGUUCUGCUUCAGUGGGUAAAUGCUUUUUUUUUUAUAAAUUAAUUUAAAAACCUUCCGUGAA